GGAAUUAUGGGCUGUGGGACCAGCACGCCGGCAUCGCCUGGGUGCACCGGAACAUCAGGGCCUUCGGAGGCGACCCCGACAACAUCACCGUCUUCGGCGAGUCCGCCGGGGCCGCCAGCGUCAACUUCCAGCUCCUCUCUCCCAAAAACAGGGGUCUGAUCCGCAGGGGCAUCUCUCAGAGCGGGGUGGCCCUCAGCCCCUGGGCCGUGAACAGGAACCCGCGGGCGCUGGCAGAGGAGAUCGCCAUUAAGGUGGGCUGUCCCACAGAUGAGAAGAUGAUGCCGUGUCUGAAGAUCACAGACCCUGUGGCUCUCACUCUGGCUGGGAGUCUACACCUGAAGGGCUCUCCAUCCAACCCUCUCCUGUUCAACCUGCUGCUGGCCCCCGUGAUCGACGGGGACUUCCUGCCGGACGAGCCGGGAAACCUGUUCCACAACGCCGCCGACAUCGACUACAUCGUAGGCAUCAACAACAUGGACGGCCACCUCUUCUGCGGCAUCGACGUGCCCUCGAUCAACCAGCCCCUGCAGCCCACGCCCCCGGAGGUGGCCAUGGAGUUGCUGACUGCUCUGACCCGGGAGAAGGGGCCGGAGGCGGCCAGCCUCGCCUACAAGGAGUACACCCAGAGCUGGGGCUCCACCCCCAGCAAGUCCACCAUCAAGCAGACCAUUGCCGAGAUCGAGACCGACUUCAUCUUCCUGGUGCCCACCCAGGCUACUCUCUACCAACAUGCGAACAUGUCCAAAACCGGGCGCACGUACUCCUACCAGUUCUCCGUGCCGUCCCGGAUACCCUUCUACCCCAGCUGGAUGGGGGCCGACCACGCCGAAGAUCUGCAGUACGUUUUCGGGAAGCCCUUCACCACGCCCCUCGCCUACUUCCCCCGCCACCGCACCGUGUCCCGCCACAUGAUCGCCUACUGGACCAACUUCGCCAGAACCGGUGACCCCAAUAAAGGAGAGUCCGAUGUCCCCGUCGCCUGGCCUCGUUUCACCGGCUCAGGACACCAGUACCUGGAGAUCAACGAGAAGAUGAACAGGGACUCGGUCAGGCAGAAGCUGAGGACCCGCUUUGUUCAGUUCUGGUCCCAGACAUACGCCCUGCUCCCCACCAUCAAAAGCCCCUCGGCAGAGUAGUCGGCCUCGCGGCGGGAUUCCGGAACCUUCCCCGGGAGCGUUCCGUUCUCCGCGGCGACGGCAUGCGCCGCGUGUUCCGCUGGAUCCUGAGAAGCCGAGCGUAAUUCCUAAUGAUGCGGCCGCCUCUGGACCACCGUGAUUUUGCAAAGCUGGUACUGCUUGUUUGUAAGCCAAUGAGUGAUAAUACGUUCUACGCAUUUUCCCUCAAGCAGAUAAGCAAUGAGCAAUAAACCAAGAAAAGCAUGA